ACACUCCACACAGAACUUAAUUAAGCAUGCCUAGUCUUUCUAUUCUUACCAAAGCCACAUUCCACCUAUAGCUUAAAAGCUUCAGCCUCAAAAGCCUUUUUUUGCGUCAUGUCCACCUGCAUCUCUUCCCACUUUCAAACCUUUUCAAAUUUGAGUUGAGUGGAGUGGCUUGAGCAUCCACAACAAAAUCCUACUCUUUUGAAUUUCCAACUUAUUCAUCAUGGCCUACAUAGCUGAACCAUCUCCUUAUAGUUCAAGGAGAAGAGAUGAGUCAGAGUUCAAUUUGAGAGAAUGGGGAGUGAAAUCUCGAAUCAGCCGUGAGAACACCAAAUCAAGAAGGUUCUCAGGAUCUUACAUGAGAAACAUUAGAGAAGACACAAGGUCUUUUAGAUCAAACGCAACCAUUUCUAGCACUGCUUCUUCACCUGGUUAUCCCUUUAAAGAUGAAAUUGAUCCUUCAACAUAUUCUUUCACCAAUGCUCUUAAAGCAUUGCAAGCAAGGGUGACCUAUAACAGUUGGGAAUGCUUAUCUCCAGAUGGGUUUGCUUUAAAUUCCAAGUGGAAUGAAGCAGAGAGGUACAUAUGCAAUCCACUCUCAGGGGAGGUACCAAUGGAGUGUUUAUCUGCAAAAACUCUCCGUGCAAGAUCAUUUAGAAACUCAUCAAACAGAGUCACCAUGUCUGCUCCUCUAGUUUAUUCUUCAAGACACAUACAAACAAAGCCUUCAACUUACACACAAGAAGAUGUGGCUAUUCAAUUUCCAAUUCCAGAAAAGAAGAGACGGGGAAGGACAAGAGAUGUGGGUACUCAAAGCACACCUACCUAUCUCAGUUCAAGUAGUCCAAGCCCUGCUUCAACUCCAUCCAUCAUAGAGAGAUCAAAAACUGUAGCAACAGACUCACCUAAUUCAAAUGCCAAAACAAAAUCUGAAGAAGAGGUUGAGGUGAAAGAUAACGAAACAUGGGAGACAGGAGAAAAUAACGAGUGGAGGAAGGAAGAGGAGCAACAAUGCAAGCAAGGUGGUGGUUGCUUUUCAUGGAUGAUGGUGAUGAAGAAAAAAAGGCAGAGAGAGAGAAAAAAAGACAAAGAAGGAAGAACAUCUUUCUCAAUCACUUCAAAGGGUUGUUAAAGAAAAAGUGAUAAAGGGAGUAGUACAUGCAUGAUGGGGUUGAGAUUCUCUUUCAUCACUUCCAUUGUCUUUCACUUCAGCAAUUUUUUUCUUUUACAGUGCUUUACCUGAAAUAGAAAAGUUAAGAGCAAUUGCAAUUAUGAAGAGACGGACUAUGAUGAGUGUGUUUGUAUGACACCAAGAUUCUCUCAUAGAAAAGUGUCACAUGAUAUUUAGAUGUUUGAAUUUGGUGUCUAUCUCCCACUUCAUAUAUAUAUUGAUGAAUAGGUAGAUCUCUAUAUUUAUAAAAAGAGAUAUAAAUACAAAAUUUUGCAUGACAUUGAGAUGGUUCUUAUUCAUGUGUGUCAUCUUUGUCUAUGUCUGUAUCUCUAAUCUAUGUAUAGAGUGGUCCAUUUUUUGUUAAAUGGUGAGUGAUGGUAUAUGUUGAGUUCCU